AUGGGUUCCAUGCCAGCACAGAAGCGCCCAAACUUCCUCAUUGUCGUUGCAGAUGAUCUAGGAUACAGCGAUAUCUCGCCCUUUGGCGGCGAGAUCAAUACGCCCAACCUUCAGAAGGUCGCGGAAACAGGAGUCCGCUUGACAAACUUUCAUACGGCAUCAGCAUGCUCACCAACAAGGUCAAUGUUGCUGUCAGGCACCGACAACCAUAUCGCAGGCCUUGGACAGCUGAUGGAACAUAUGGCGGUCAAGCAGAACUACGAAGGAAAACCUGGCUAUGAAGGCUACCUCAACUUCCGUGUUGCUGCGUUGAGUGAGAUCUUACAAGAUGCCGGAUACCGUACGAUCAUGAGUGGGAAGUGGCAUCUCGGUCUUACCAAAGAGACAUCUCCUCAUGCGCGCGGUUUUGACGAUUCGUUCGUGUUCCUUUCCGGUUGUGGUAACCACUACAACUGGGAACCGCAACUGGACAAUCCCAAGGAUGCUGUCUUCACCCCAAUGUACGCAGACAAAUUUUGGAUGCGCAACGACAAGUAUCUCAACCGAACAGACCCGAGCGACGUUCCUGCAGACUUCUAUUCAACGACUUCAUUCACCGACGAAUUAAUAAACUACCUCAACGACCGAAAAGACGAAGAGAAGCCGUUCUUUGCUUACCUGCCUUUUACAGCGCCUCACUGGCCUUUACAAGCGCCCCGCAGUCUGAUCGAGAAGUACAAGGGAAGGUACAAUGACGGCCCGGAUGCGCUCCGCAGUGAGCGACUUCAGAAGUUGAUCGACUUGGGUAUCGUUAAGUCCGACGUAGAUGCCGCACCUAUGCCUAGGGAUGACUGGAAUAUGAUGAGCGCACAAGAACGCGCUAAGUCCGCGCGGAAAAUGGAGGUGUACGCUGCUAUGGUUGAAUCUAUCGACGAGAACAUUGGUCGGGUAGUAGAACACCUUGAGGAGAGCGGCGAGCUAGACAAUACUUUCAUACUAUUCAUGUCCGACAAUGGUGCCGAGGGCGCAAUGCUCGAGGCUCUUCCACUAAUGGGUACCGUGGGCACAGUCAACAAGAUCAUCGACAAGUACUAUGAUAAUAGUUUAGAGAAUAUGGGCGCUAGUAACAGCUUCGUAUGGUACGGCUCCGAGUGGGCGUCGGCGUCAAUGGCACCUUCGAGAGGCUUCAAAACUUGGAUUACAGAGGGUGGUAUACGGUGUCCAUGCCUGAUACGAUACCCUCCGUCGCACGAUGGUGGCAAGUCUUUGCCGACUGGUUCGUUCACAGAAUCUUUCUGUACGGUCAUGGAUAUUCUGCCAACGGUAUUGGAUCUGGCUGGUGUCAAGCCACCGGGUAGCAAUUUUAGGGGUCGGGAAGUGGUGCCGGUAAGAGGCGCUACAUGGGUACCUCACUUAGAGGGUAGCCAACCCGGUUUCCAUGACGAGAACGAAGAGAUCACUGGUUGGGAGCUGUUCGGUCUUCGGGCAAUUCGAAAGGGGCCUUGGAAAGCUUUGUGGAUGACGGCGCCUCGCGGCCGAGAGCAAUGGGAACUAUACAAUGUUGCAGAGGAUCCAGGAGAGAUACAUGACUUGGCGGAGGAGGAACCGAAAAAGCUCGGGGAGAUGGUCGCGCACUGGGAAACAUAUUACGCUGAGACUGGCAUGUUCGAUUGUGGCCACGAGUUCGGAUAUGUCAAUUACUGCUAG